CGGCGCGGCGCCGCUCUCGUGCCAUUGUCACCGCCUGGCUGCGUGAUCCAUCUCGACUGGUGUCCGCGUAGUGCGAUCUCUGUGUAUCCCGGUAUCGCCCAUCCCACCCGCGCGCUUAUUAACCCAUCAAUACACGUGGCGCGCGAUAAGAAUCCGUGAUCGCGACGGUCGGAGUUCGUCGAAUCGUCUGUCGCUCACGACAAGAAAACGAAAGGUGAGGGAGAGAGAGAGAUCCUUGCUAGUUUCCGCUCCGCGAUGCUCCGUAGAAACGUGUUGCACUUCCCCGCUCUUCUUAGCUCGCUCGUCUUUUUAGUUUCGUCGUAACGCAUCGUACGACAUCGUAGCGUCGUUGGUUAAUCUCGUAUUUGACAACACGCGUCCCUCGCGCGAAGGUAUAAAAGCGGCGAGCCGAACGAGGAACGUCGUCGUCUCCUCUCUGUUGGACUCGCGAUCCGCCGUCUCUCUCUCGACGUUUCCUUUCUUCCCUCGGUGAGAGCGUAACUUGGUGCGCGUGCACUCGCAAGCCCGUCAACCGAGACAACAGGAUGAAUUACGGGGAUUUGUCGAAUGUCGAUCCUGCCAGAAGCCUGCGGAGGAUCGCCCGGCAUGACGAACCAGAAUUCAGCAAUGCCAGCAUCUUGAACAGCAUGGAAAAAUUCGUGCGUACCGUAAGCGAGAUGGAGGACACUAUCUUGAUACCUAGUCGUCUGCUGGAUUUAUCGGUGGGUGACGCAGGCGAUAUGGUUUGCAAAUUGAAGGGCAAGCGAGGCUACACGGUACAGGACACUCUGGCCAACACUGAUCUAUACCGCCUUUACAACAUCAUCAAUCAGAUGAAGAUCGAACUACUGUGGUCGCAGGAGCCUACGCGAGGCACCGAGGCGGACGAUCAGCUGAUCAAGAGUCAUCCAGUCGGUAGCCCAUCCGAAAUGCAUCAUUAUCCGGUUGUAACCGGCGCCAGAUUAGGCCACGUGCGUUGCCCCAGUACCACUUCGAUGCAGAGCGUGCAGAGCGCAUCCUCGAUUACUUCCACCUCGGACUCAGACUCUGAGGUAGGCAUCGAGAUCGAUAGCGGACUGGAGGGCGAGGAAUGUGCCGAUUUGGCGAGCAUCGCCGCCCAGGACUUUAAACGUCAUCUGCGUGGCCUUCAUCGCAGUCUCGCCCGCAUGACAGAGGCGGCCGAAUAUCUCACGCUGCGAUAUCAGGCAGACGUGGGCGGGCAAGUCUGAUUCGCCAUUGUCUGUUCGUUGAUCGUCAUCGCGGCAAUUGGCAUUAAGAGCAGAUACCGUCUCGUCCUCGCCUCGUCGUCGUCAACUUCGUGGAAACUUCCAUCACUUUGCUUAAUUUUAUAGAAACCAGCGAAUUCUUAAGAAGCCAAUUACGCGGGUUGCAAAAUUUCCUUGGAUUUUUUCGCCAGCAAAAUUUGGAAAUAUUUUAAUUAUUCGUUAUUUUAUUUAUGUAACUCGUCGCGGUUUAAUAAGUAUGCUGUUCAUGUGCUGAAAUGAAAAUAAGUUACAUUCUUCAAUAAUGUAAAUUAAGACAAUAAAUCUUCGCUGGUUCUUGAGUGCAAAUAAGUUAUCAGUUUUCAAAUAAACUUGAUAUCAUGAGAUAAGAUGUCUAUCAUUCUUAUGAUAUUGUAAAAAGACAAUGUUUAAUUUAGUUCUGUUCUACUUUUAAUAACAGUUUUCACGCGACAGAGAAGCUAUUUGAAUAAAAAUAGAAUAACAAAGAUUUCAGACGAUAUGAUCAUAUAUAGCGAUGUAAACAAUUCUUUCUUUAUUCUGCCACACAUGAAGCAUACCGCGAUUUUGAACACAGGGUUAGGUCUAUUAGAAGAUGUAUGUUAGAAGAUAUAAAGGUGAAUAUAGAACAAAAAUAUUACGUAAAACACUUAAAAAAGACACGCAGUUAUUUAGUUUAAAUUAUUUUUUUGCAUUACAUUAAAUUACUAUUCUGCAUUA